AUGACUGUUCAUCCUCAUCGUCUGGUGUUAAUGUUUCACAUCAUUCUCUUACUUUGGCAAAUCGAAGCAUCACAAAUUUUAUGUCCAAAUAGCUGUGGCAAUGUCAAACUAUCAUACCCUUUGGGAAUCGGUGAAGGCUGCUACCUCAACAAGUGGUUUGAAGUAACUUGCGACAACUCUUCUGGCUCUCCAAGGGCUUUCCUAAACAGCGUCCAUCUAGAAUUAACCGGAAUUCUUCGUUCUUCUUCCUCUAUAAUCAUCAACUUCCCCCGCAAUUCAAGCAUCAACCUGUCCAGAAGCCAGUUUUCUUUUCCGAAUACAGACAAUAUAUUCACUGCCAUUGGUUGCGAAAACUACCUCAAUCUCAAUCAGAAAGAUUCAACCCUGAGUCACUGUCACUCUUUUUGUACUUGUGAUCAUACGAAAUAUGUUGAUUGCUGUGAUUUCCUAUGCACCCUUCCUCGAAACCGUAAGGUUGAAAACGUAAACAUAUCAGAAAUUUAUUCUGAAAGUUUUCCCAGGGAAUGCAGUUCUGCCUUCAUAGUUCAUAAAGCUUGGCUUGAGUCAAACUACCUAAAAAACCCUAAUGUUUUGAAACAUAAAGAAGUCAUUCCGGCAAUUCUGGAAUGGGGAAAAUAUGGAGGUGGCUUGCUUUGUGUUUCGAAGAACGAUAGCGAUUGCUCCGAAUGUCCUUAUGGUUAUGAACCUUAUCAAAGUGAAGAUGAAGAAACAUGGUGCUCUCGUUCACGAAGUUCUGAUGAUAUAUUUAUUAAAAAAACUCCAGUCAAAUAUUUAAUCAGUAUAGGUUUCAGUGCUGGGCUUGGAAUGGUGUUACUUAUCAUUGUAACAUGGUGGUUGUACAAGUUCAUACAAAAACGGAAAGCAAUCAAAAUGAAGCAGAAGUUAUUUACAAGAAAUGGUGGGAACAUUGAGAAAACAAAAUUGUUUACCUCGAAGGAACUGGAAAAAGCCACGGACAAUUAUCAUGCCAAUCGAGUUCCUGGUGAAGGUGAUCAAGGCACUGUGUAUAAAGGGAUGUUGUCAGAAGGAAGAAUUGUACCUAUUAAGAAGUCCAAGAUAGUGGAUGAAAGUAAAAUUGAAGAAUUCAUUAAUGAGGUUAUAUUAAUAUCACAAAUUAGUCACAGAAAUGUAGUUCAACAAGUAGGGUGUUGCUUGGAAACAGAAGUGCCUCUUUUAGUCUGUGAGUUCGUUUCUAAUGGAAAUCUCUUUCAAUAUUUACAUAACCAAAAUGAGGAGUUUCCAUUCACAUGGGAACUACGAUUACUAAUUGCCUUUGAAGUUUCGAGUGUGCUAACCUAUUUGCAUUCAGCUGCUUCCGUACCUAUAUAUCAUCGAGAUAUUAAGUCCACAAACAUACUUUUGGAUGAAAAAUUUCGAGUAAAAUUGUCGGAUUUUAGAAUUUCAAGAUCUAUUGCAAUUGAUCAAACUCAUUUGACCACUCAAGUAAAAGGGACCUUUGGGUACCUUGAUCCUGAGUAUUUCCGAUCGAGUUAAUUUACUGAGAAAAGUGUUGUUUAUAGUUUUGGAGUAAUUCUUGUAGAACUUUUAACUGGACAAAAGUCAAUUCAUUCAACUGAUAUUGAGGAAGAUAGAAGUCUUGCCACAUAUUUUCUACGUGCCAUGAAAGAGAAUUGUCUAUUUGAAAUCCUUGAUGCUCGAGUUAUGAAAGAAGGAAAAAAGAAGAUCGCAACAAUUGCCAGUCUCGCAAGAAAAUAUCUGGACUUAAAUGGGAAAAAUAGGCCUUCAAUGAGAGAGGUAGUAAUCGAAUUGGUUGAGAUCAUGAGAGCUUCGAGAUGCGGUUCAAGUAUGCACCAUAUCAAUAUUGAAGAGACUAAUUUUGUUCACGGUGAAUUAACUACUUCCUUUGAGAAUAGUUUAUGCUCUGCUAGAUAG